UUUAUUUAUAACAUAGCUUUCCCUAAUUUUUAGUCCUAAUCAAAUUGAUAAUGAAGAGCAUGAAAAUUAUACAGAAGUUGUUACCAUUGCCAAGCUGUUCAAGUGUAUUUGACCAGUCAGCAAAAAAACUUACCAAUGGCAUGAAAUUAUAUGAAGGUUUAAAACAAGGAAAAUUAAUGCUACCAGAGAAUGAAUUUAUGGUAAAUAGUGAAAACCUAGAGGUCUUACCAAUUCAAGAUGAUGUGAUGCAUGCUGGGAUGCAAUGUUCAAUUUGCAAAGUGAAAUUUGAUAAUAAUUUAUUACAGAGAGAACAUUACAAACUUGACUGGCAUAGAUUCAAUGCUAAACAAAAACUGCUAGCAAAGCGACCCAUCAGUGAAGAAGAAUUUAAUUACCAAAUAUCUGGUGAAUUAUCAAGUAUAUCGGGGUCAGAUUCGGAAAGUGAUGAUGACAUGGAACCUGUAUCUCUCAAGCGAGAAGACAGCAUAGAUAUUUCAGAAGAUGUCACCAACUGUACUGCAUCCAGCCUAUUUUUUGGAAAACAUCCUCUGAAAUUUUUUUUUCAGAGCGAGGAAGGAAAGCUGAUUGCACUGUACCGGAAUGUUGUAAGCAAUGCACAGAAAAUUAAUGAUGCUGAUAGCAGUAAUGAAAUUUUGGGACUUGCUUCCGAUAUAUGGAUUUACUUGAUGUUUUCUACUGGACACUUUGCUGGUGCUGUUUAUGAAAGAAAUAAAAUCAUAGCACAUAAAACAUUUCACCGUUACACAGUGAGAGCAAAGCGAGGUACGGCACAAAGUUUGCAAGACAAAAAACAAGGCCAUACAUCAAAAUCUGCAGGUGCAUCGAUAAGACGGUACAAUGAAGCUGCUUUAACACAGGAAGUUCAAUCUCUUUUGUCAUCUUGGUCAAGACAUUUUCAGCAAGCGGAUAAAAUAUUUUACAAAUGCUCAACGUACAAUUCACACAUCUUGUUUUUUAACAAAGACAUUAUUACAAAAGAUGAUGGGAGAUGCUGCAAGAUUUCACUGAACACUAGAAGACCAACACUUAAUGAAACGAAAAGAAUUCAUUCAUUGUUUACCACCAUUGAAAAUUAUGGCCCAGUUGAAUCUAUUGAAAAGUUAUUAGAUAAAUACAUAACAGAAGAAGAGGAAAAAACGACACGAAUAAAAAACAACUUGAAUAAUGUUAAUAUAAAUUCUGAUUUUGAACAUAGAGUGAAGACAGAAAAUGAAGAAACAACAGAAGAAAAGAAGAAGAAUAAAAAGAAAGUUUUAAAAUCGAAAAAAGACACUUCUCAUGUUGAUAGUAAAACGAAAGAAACGAUUGGUGUCGAAACAUACGUGGAAACAGAUGAAAAUAAACUACUCUGGUACCAGCUAUACGAAUACUGUAUCUGUAGUGAUCUGGAAAAACUGCGUGGCUUCUUUUACUGUGAAGAUAAGAAUAAAGAAAGAACAACUUCAACGGAGGAUGAUACAAGAGACAAGUCUUCCAAUGAAACCACUUCAAAUGAUUUGUUAGAUAUAACUAGAAAGAAAAGGUUUAUGAGUGAGAAUUACAUGAACUUCUGUUCAGAUAAAACUGGUGAUACCCUACUGCAUAGAGCUGCGAAAAGUCGUAGUAAAGAAAUUAUUUCGUUGCUUCUACAAAAUGGUUGCGACCCUUGUGAACGAAACAAAGAGGGGAAGGUACCAUAUGAUGUUGCUGCUGAUAAGAGUACAAGAAAUGAAUUCAGAAGAUUUAUGGCUAAAUAUCCUGAAAAAUAUGAUUACAAAAAAGCAAAGAUUCCAAGUCCAUUGAGUGAAGAACAAGAAGAUGAACAAAGAAGAAAAAAUGCCGAAAAAAAGAAAUCUCAAAAUAAAGCAAGAAAAGAUAAACUAAAAGCGAAGAAGGCUGAGGAGAUGCAACAAAUAUUAGUAGAGAAAGAACAAAAAGCAUUUGAAGGCCUGUCUGAUCGAGAGAAGAGAGCAGUGAUGGCUGAACGAAGGUUCGCAUCUCAGCUGACAAACUCUCUUAGAUGUUCAAAUUGUCGAAAAGAGAUUUCAGAGAAGGAAGCAUUUGAAAGAUACGAAUACAAAUACUGCAGUACGGAUUGUGUUCAUUCUCAUAAAAUGUUGAUAGGGAAAUAAAAUGUUUUUAUAGGAAGGAAGUAGUGACUGGCAAAUCGAAGAUGGUGCGCUUAACGUCAACCCGUCGUUACGAAGGGGAAGACGUUUCGAUACUUCACACCGUGAAACAUCGAUUUGUUGAAUAGAAAGUAUUUGUUGGGGAAUAUAAAGGUUGGGAUUUUAGGGAUUGACAAUUAUCAAAAUACAUGUAGGCCUCUUUUUUAAAAAUUUCUUAGAAUUUCUUAUUAAAAUAUAAAAUGUUUAUAAGAAAAGAUAUUAUAUAUAGAUUCCAUUACGUCAUCUUA